UAAGCCGGCCGGUGCAGAAAUUCCCUCAUACCACAGGCAGACUACUGCUGAUAAUUUACCAGUUUAACAUUAAAUCCAACUUGUACCCAAACUGGAUUACGCACCUAUAUGAUACUGAAAUGUACAGCAGAUGCGCUUUUCAGUUUGUUUUUACCUCAUUAUGGCUAAUUUUAUUAAAAGUACAAGAUGUAGUCGGGUCAGACCACUUGUGUCUCAGGUCGAGUCCUGCUGAGGACAGACAAACUCGGGUUACAUUUCUGCGGCAGAAUGCUGGUGUGCGCUCCUUGUACCUCACCGUGUGGUCUGAAGAUUUGAGACUGGUCACCUGCGAGAUCAAUACUAAUCCUCUGGUCACGGGAAGUUAUGACACUUUUUGUAAGAGCAGCAGCAGUGAGUCUCAAGAAAUCAACCAAAGAUUUAAUAUCAGUAUUGUACUGUCCCCUGAUGCUCCAUGCACACCUGAUGCGCCCAGUGCGCAAAAGUUUACCAAGAGCGCAGGAGAGGGGAAAGUUCGGAGAAAAAGGUCCUGGAUAUUCCCAGGAACACUGUGGUGCGGCCACGGAUCCCGCGCCGGUGGAUAUGAUCAACUAGGGAUGUUUGAGGCUGCAGACAGAUGCUGCCGGGAGCAUGACCAUUGUAAUCAUAUCAUUCCUGGAAUGACAGUAAAUUAUGGAGUCUUCAACCCCAACUUCUAUACUGUUUCACAUUGCGACUGUGACCAAAGGUUUCGACAGUGCCUUCUCAGUGUCAAUGAUACAAUUUCUAGCAUGGUGGGAUAUAGCUACUUCAACAUCCUGCGAGUCCCCUGCUUUGAGCUCAAACGACGGAGGCAAUGCACAAAGAUGUACUGGUGGGGAAAGUGCAAGGUAACAAAAGAGGCUGCAUAUGCCACAUUUAAAAACUCUCGUCCUUACAAUAAAUCUGAUAUUGAAACUAAAUUUGAAGACAAGGCUCGCAUCAGCAACACUACAAGCAGUAAAGGCCAACAUGUAACUGAAAGCCCAGUGACCAAGGCACCCAGAAAGUUCCCCAGAGAUGAACGUAGAUGUGUCACCAAAGAUCCACCGAGAGGAGACACUUUCGUUGACAGGAGAAGAGGGAAAGGCUGUAAAAGAAGGCGGAAAUUGUCUACAGUAGUCUCCUCCCAAAAGCCUCCAUUAUCAUCGCUACAUACUGUUACUCCUACCGUGACAACACAUGUUUCUAAUGCCACUAUAAGCGACAAGUUAGUAUUAAAUAAAAAGAAACGUGUGAAAAACAAGAGCAACAGGAAGGGUCUGGCAGCUGACCCUGCAGUUCACACAGAGGUAACCACAGCGUCUUAUCUACAGACAACAUCCACAACACAAAGCACUCCGCUUUUAUCACAAAGCCCAGCACUGCAGCACUUCACAGCCAUCACAGCAACGACCAAAACCAAAAAAAGCAGCAAAAAACUCUCACAGGGAAGGCAAUGCUGUAGAUCAACAAUUCCUGUGAAAAGUCAAGCUCCUCCUCCUCAAUGUACAAACUGUCCUGAACAAAAAGCGACGACACAAGCAACAACUGAUAGACCUGCAACAACUAGAAGUGAACUAAUGCAAUCACUCCAAACCGAUACUUCAAAAAGACUCCAGAGCACAGCCACAUCUGGAUGGUCAGGCACCAAUAACACAACUGAAAUGAAGGCAGCCUCGCACCUUCAUUAUGAUGGCAAAGCACAAAAGAAGGUGUAUUCUCAUAUAUUAGGGAAUAAUACAAGCCAGCACAUCAACAUCCGGAACGAUGCAUCAUCAGAUGAUCUUCUCCUGUGUGGAAGCCUAAAACAUUUGGAUAAAUGUAAAUACAAAAUACCUCCUUUGGAGAAAAAGUAUGAUCUCCAGAACUUUGAAGCAAAGACAGCCUACCACUGUGACUGCACCAGCCGCUUGGCUGGUCACAUUCAAAGCAUCAAGGAACCCACUGCUUUCCCCCCUUUUCUGAUGGAUUCAGUCUCUCAAUACUGUUUUAAACUGCCAAAGAAGAAAAAAUGUCGCCUCGGAAAAAGCUGUUCUGGAGGCUUCACUAAAGCUUCUGACCUACUUCAAGCACUUAAGAAGAUAGAGGGAAAAGACAUUGCUGGGGUGCAAAAUUCAGGCAAGCACAGAAAAAGAAGGAUUUCUGUUCGCCUUUAUAAGCGAUGCCUAAGGCUGAGAAGAGAAGCUAUGGCACGGCUCACAUGAUUAUAAGCUGCUAUGCACAUCAACAAUGAAUUGUAAAGGCUUUGCAUUUUGUGCAGCAUUUUCUCUGUCAGUCAUAUGGUGUAAAACAGCAGUGUGCUGAAAACAUUCAGGAAGUCAAACCUUUGAUUUUUGUACUGUUUUGUAAAUACUAUGUGGAUGUAGAGUUUUAUAUUUAUAUGGACGUGAACUGUUCAUGCACAGGGAAUGUGAUGUGAACAUCUAUUGUAACUGAUUAAUUUAAGAACAUGUGUACAGGACAUUUGAGGAAAUAAUCACAAGUUGGGGUCAAAUUGUCUGUAUUCCUUGACUCAGUAAAGUGGUGAGAUAA